AAAAUUCCUAAUAUAACUGUCAAAAUCACCGUCAAUGUCAAACCGUAAGGAAAAUCAACAAAGCAACGUUUUCCUUGAUUUUUGGAAAUUUAUCGAAUUUGUGGGUGUUGUAAGUUCGGAAUUAUGAUGUUACAGUGAAAGUAAAUAAGCAGACAUGGACAUCCUUAAAGCCGAAAUUGCGAGGAAGCGUAAGCUUCUUGAAGAGAAAAAUGUUAUUGCACCCAACAAAAAGUACUUUCGCAGAGGCGACCUCCUAGCCAAGGAACAGGAAGAAUAUCGCCAAAAAUAUGGCGCCAGCAACCUGGAGGACUCGUGCAACUCCACCCUCGUCCCAGCAGGUAACCCCCCCCCCCCUAACACCACUCCCCGUCUAACCCAAUUUCACCUAGGCGACAAAUCCGACUCCGACAUGGAACGCCACAGCAUCCUCCCCCGAAGCGAAGUAAUAUCGCGUCUACGUGACCGCUCCGAACCAAUAUUGCUAUUCGGGGAGACCGAAAUCGACGCCUUCAAGCGCCUCCGGAAAUGCGAGCUCCUGGAGCCCGAGGUCAACAAGGGCUUCAGGAACGACUUCCAGGAAGCCAUGGAGCAAGUGGACCAGGCGUACCUCGACGAGCUGCUCAUAUCGUCGGAAAACGCCAAAAACGACACCAAACCCGCGAGCAAAGAAAAAACGGUGUCGGUAACGUACGACCAGCUCCGGGAAAUGGCCAAGGAUAUGGGAAAAGGGGAACGGGAGCGUGACAUGACGGUGAUCGUGCAGUUCAUCCAAUUUAUUCUCCAUUUAUGGCACGAACAACUGCAGAACCGCCCAACGGAAGAAAAACAAGGCACGAAAGGAAAACUCGCUGGCGCCACCAACACUCAGACUCAAGAAUACCUAAAACCCCUACUCAGAAAACUAAAAACAUUCACCCUCCCUGAAGACAUUUCGGACAGUUUAACAGAAAUUGUGGUUCAUCUCUUGAACAGAAAUUAUUUAAAGGCCAGCGACGCCUAUUUACAAAUGGCGAUCGGUAACGCCCCCUGGCCCAUCGGAGUUACCAUGGUGGGUAUCCACGCUCGGACAGGUCGAGAAAAAAUUUUCUCAAAAAAUGUAGCCCAUGUGAUGAACGACGAAACCCAGAGGAAGUAUAUUCAAGGGUUGAAGAGGUUAAUGACCAAGUGUCAGGAAUACUACCCCACGGACCCAUCCAGAUGCGUCGAAUACGCAGCGUUCGGAACGCCCCCACAACCAGAGUCAGCUUCUUCAAAUUGACAAUGUGACGAUAUUAUGUAUUAUGUAAAAAUAGUUUUAAGUUACAAUAAAGAAUAUUAAAAAAAAAAUUGAAAAGAAAAGAAAAAACUGGGA